AUGACAUCCCUCCUAAAAAAGUCCUUGAGACUCGCUCUCAUCCAACUCGCCAGUGGGGCCGAUAAAUCGCAAAACCUCUCCCACGCGCGCUCCAAAGUCCUCGAAGCCGCGAAACAGGGCGCAAAUCUCGUCGUCCUUCCAGAAUGCUUCAAUUCUCCCUAUGGCACAAAAUACUUUGACAAGUACGCGGAAACCCUUCUUCCCAGCCCGCCCUCGGAAGCGCAAUCACCCACCUUUCACGCCCUCUCGAGACUCGCAAAGGAGGCAAAUGUGUACCUUGUAGGCGGGAGUAUACCAGAGCGGGAAGACGCGACACAGAAGCUAUACAAUACGAGUUUAACAUUUGCGCCGAGUGGACAGUUACUCGCGACGCAUAGAAAGGUCCAUCUCUUCGACAUUGACAUCCCCGGCAAAAUCUCCUUUCACGAGAGCGAAGUGUUAUCCCCGGGAAACAAAAUCACCAUCGUGGACUUGCCUGAGUACGGGAAAAUCGCAGUCGCAAUAUGCUACGACAUCCGCUUCCCUGAACUAGCCACCAUCGCGGCGCGCAAAGGCGCAUUCCUGCUGGUAUAUCCCGGUGCAUUCAAUUUAACGACUGGCGCGCUGCACUGGGAGCUGUUGGCAAGGGCACGGGCGACGGAUAACCAGGUCUAUGUGGGAUUAUGCAGUCCAGCGAGGGAUAUGAAGGCCGAGUAUAACGCGUGGGGACAUAGCUUGGUGGUUGAUCCCAACGCGGUGGUGACAGGCCAACUAGAUGAAAAGGAAGGCACGCUCAUCCAAGAUCUGGUGGCAGGCAAGAUUGAGGAGACACGAAAGGGCGUGCCGUUGUACGGUCAGCGCCGAUUCGACGUUUAUCCCGAUGUGAGCAAGGGAGGACGAUUCGAAGAGUAG